AUGCGUGUGAAGAAGGACUCUGCACUGAACCCUUUAAUUUGCAAUACUCACUCUAUAGAUAUUCAAAUGGUAAAUGGAAAAGGAACCAAUACUUUCACCUCUAACAAUUUAAUCAGUUUUGCCUUAUCGUGCAAUAUUCCUGCAGGACACUUUUUAGAACUGUGUUUUAUUUUUACUGGCACAGGGAAAGCCAAUCAUUUACGCAUGAAUUUGUAA